GCCCGGCUCAUCGCGCUGCGCCUGCGUCUGGAUGGUGGGCGCCAUCUUGGGCCGCUACUUCCGGUCCUGCGCGGCGCCUCCCGCUGGCGUCACUUCCGCCGCGCGCCGGAAGCGGCGGAGAACAUGGCGGCGCCUCCGCCGCCUCCGGCCGGGCCGGGCCCGGGGCCUCCCUCAGCGCCCGCGGGGCCCGGAGCGGCGGCGGGGCCCGGGGCGGGGCCGGGGCCGCCCGGGGCCGCGCAGGGCCCCGCGCUGCCCGCGCAGGCCGCGACCGCGCAGGCGCAGGACUUCGAUCCCGUGCAGCGCUUCCGGCUGCUGCUGCCGCAGCUGAAGGAGAGCCUGCAGACGCUGAUGAAGGUGGCGGCUCAGAACCUGGUGCAGAACUCCAGCAUCGACAACGGGCAGUGA